CGGUACCAAAAGCACCAUGACGUUCCAAGUACCCGGCAAACGCAUUCUUUCUAGUCUGCAGUUGACGGCGUUUCAAUCGUCCAGCACUCACAAUGCAAUAGUAAGCUACAUCGAGGAACUGAACAACUCCGUUAUCGGAGUGAAGCUCACUGAUGAAGUGUCCAUAUCGCCCGGCGUCAAGGCCGUUCUUGAGGUUCUAGACAAGAUCGAAGAUGUGGUCAAGGAUACGCCUCCCGUGGACAACAAAGCUUCACGUUUCGGAAAUCCAGCAUUCAGGACCUUCUAUGACAAAGUGGAGGAUCUAGCCCCGUCGUUGCAUGCUACUCUGCCUCACUUCCCAGAAGACGCCACCGCUGAAGUAUCGACAUACUUCGUGAAUGCGUGGGGCAAUCGCGAACGGAUCGAUUAUGGAAGCGGGAUGGAGCUAAACUUUUUAUGUUGGCUGAUUUGUUUGGGCCGGAUCGGUGUUGUUAGCGAGAGUGAUCACGUCGCGUUGGUCAUUCGGGCGUUCUGGCGCUAUAUCCAGGUGAUGCGCGUUCUCCAGUCGACGUACUGGCUUGAGCCAGCAGGGUCCCAUGGUGUAUGGGGUCUCGAUGACUACCAUUUCCUGCCAUUCCUGUUCGGAUCUGCUCAGCUAAGAGGACACAAGUAUCUGCGUCCAAAGGCGAUCCACGAUGCCGAGGUCAUCGACGAGCUUGCGAACGACUAUAUGUACUUUGCUUGUAUCAAGUUUAUCAAUUCUAUAAAAACUGCUUCUCUCCGAUGGCACUCGCCUAUGUUAGAUGACAUUUCAGCUGUAAAAACAUGGGAAAAAGUCAACGCGGGAAUGAUCAAAAUGUACAAAGCGGAGGUACUAGGUAAACUUCCUGUCAUCCAACACUUCCUCUUUGGGUCUAUCCUCCCAUACGAGGGACCCCCUCCGCCAUCUGAGGCGGGCGACAAGAAUGCACAUCAUGGACAUGUUCAUGAAGGGUGGGGAGAUUGUUGUGGGAUACCUAUCCCGAGUGCCUUUGCUGCAGCGCAGGAUAGGGAGGGAGGGAAAAUGAUCGAGGGGCCUGGGAUACGACCGGUUCCAUUUGAUUGAUAUGAAUAAGCGCACCAGAGUAGAAUUUUGCUAGUUUGGCUCAUAUUGACCUACACAAAUCCGCAAAACAGCUUCGAGUCAUCCGCUCCUACACGCGCCUCCGCUUAGUCAGGAGCUGCUUUCGCAUUUGCAGUGGCAGUGGGCACAGCCACCUGCUCAUUUCUUGGAGUAAAUCUUGGCGGGCUGAUAUCGAUCACCACGGG